AUGAGCCCUAGAGAGACUCCGUCAACCACGCCAGGAACUGGUGGUUUCCGAUGUCCAACACCCGAAGGUCUAUAUCCCCACGAGAUCUUCUGCUACAUGUUCUACAACUGCAUAGGUUUCCAUCCAUACCCCCACGAGUGUCCGGAUGACGACCUCUUCCAUCAAGAGGAACUGUACUGCAUGCAUCCCGAGGAUGUGAACUGUGGAGAUCUCGUACCAAGACCCACCGCAUCGAUGGAACCUCCUACGUCGACGGAUAAAACGACAACGACCAGCGGAGAAUUCCAAUGUCCAGAACCUGAUGGGUUUUUCCCCGACCCUGAAUCAUGUGAACACUUCUACAUAUGCGUGGAAGGAAAACCCAGCCACACUGAAUGCCCUGAUGAUUCUUGGUUCAACCCCGAAACCGGGUUUUGUGACACCCCUGGUGAAUUUUGCACACCUCUGGCAAGACAUUAAUAUAUGUAUGAUGCCACCGUUGAUCUCUAAUUAUUGACAGAAUAAAAUUUAUGUAUAAUUACCUAUAUUUUAGACUUUAUCUUCCAAUCACCUACCCUGCCUAAGUUUGGGUAUUCAUGCAUUCAUAAUGAAGCAAUGUGAAAACCAA